UUUCCUUUUAUCUAAAUAAAAGUGAGCUUAGUCAUUCUUUUGCUUAUCUUAUGUUUGUCCUUGAAACUUGACAACUUGAUAGCUGACGGAAAACGUUUCAUUCAGAAUAGAGUGAUCUAUUUGGCCUUCAUCGUCUCUUCUUAAACUCUGAUUUGGUUGCAAAUAAUUCCUGUUAACAUUUCUGUUUUACCUAUUCUUUGCUUCUGGAGCAUUUCAGUAAUGUAUGGUAUUUCUUCGAAGCCGAAGCCAGUGGAUCUGGUAUAUUCAUGCAUAGAAGUUGCUGAUCCAAAUGUUAGAAAAGACGAUGUUCCUUUAAUUCUUAUUCAUGGAUUGUCUAUGAAUAAAGAGUCUUGGAAAGACAUUUGCAAAGAUUUAGCCUUAAAAACUGGAAAGAGAGUUUAUAUUCCUGACUUACGAAACCAUGGGGAGAGCCCAUACUCGGAAGAAUAUGAUGUUGAAGCUAUGACUGAAGAUAUAAUUUAUUUAUUGGAUAAACUUAACAUUUCAAAGGCGGUUGUGCUGGGGCACAGCUUAGGCGGAAAAAUCGCUGUACAUCUCGCUCUGAAUUACCCCACAAGAAUUGAGCAGAUCAUUGUCGAGGACAUGAGACCAAAUGGCUUGAGCCCUGAAGGCUUAGAAGAAGUGAUUUGGUAUUUUAGAAUUUUGAAAGAAAUGGACAGUACAACAAUGGUUCAAGGAAUCAGCGAAUUGGAGGCAAAAGAGAGGAUUUUACAUCGAAUGAAUGAUGAGUUCAAAAAGAUAAACUCACCUAAUACAAUGGAAGAUGCAAGUUUUCUACCUAUUAAGUUUUCCGAUGGAAAAUGUCAAUGGAACAUGAAUCCAAAACUCAUUUCCGUAGCUUUGAAUGAUAUUAAUGACAUGUUGAAUGAAAGCACUGGCUGCUUUGAUGGACCAGUACUUUUUAUAUAUGGCGCCGAAUCUAAUUUCAAAAUAAAAGAAGACGAAGACAACAUUAAGAGACUCUUCCCAAACGCAAAGCUUUACGGGGUGAAAGGCGGCCUUCACAUGGUGCACAUGCUCCCUGAAUUCAUGGACACCGUUAUCAACUUCAUAAGAAAUUGAAUCUCAGAAUUAGAUAAAAAUUAAUACUCAAAUUAGUAUAAAACAUUUUGUUCAAUAAAAAUAAAUUGCUAAUUGGUUGA